UGCCGCAACUCAUCCUAUCGAUAAGGUUCAGUUAGCCAAGGUGGAGGAUGGGAAAAGAAUGGAGCUGUCCCAGCUACUCAAUGAGAUCAGGGCAAACUAUGAAAAGCUCCUCACCAGAAAUCAGAUAGAGACCGUGCUCUCAACCAGGAUCCAGCUAGAAGAAGAUUUAAGCAAAAAAAUGGACAGAGAUGAAGAGGCCCUGAAGGCAGCGCGAGCGGAACUCAAGGAAGCCCGGCGCCAGUGGCACCACCUGCAAGUGGAGAUUGAGUCCCUCCACGCUGUGGAAAGGGGCCUUGAAAACUCCCUGCAAGCCAGCGAGCAGCAUCAUCAGAUGCAGCUGCAAGACCUGGAGGCUGUGAUCGAAGGACUCGAAAAAGAGCUACAGGAAGUGAGGCGGGGCAUCGAAAAGCAGCUUCAGGAGCACGAGAUGCUUCUCAACACGAAGAUGAGGCUAGAACAAGAAAUAGCCACUUACCGCCGCCUGCUAGAAAAGGAAGAAAUCAGAUAUUAUGGUUGUAUCCAAGGAGGGAAAAAAGAACAAAAGCCUACAAGCAGAGUUGGUUUUGUUUUACCUUCAGCCAUUAUAAAUGAAAUCUCUUUCUCGACGAAAGUCCCACAAAAGGGCGAGAAUGAAGCAGUGGAAAUAGUGACCAGACAAGCGCUUUUAAACGGGAACGUGGCCAAGGAGAGCGCCGAAGCCCACGGCACCGUCCAGACAGAGAAAGUGGAUGAAGUUAUUAAAGAAUGGGAAGGUUCCUUCUUUAAAGAUAACCCUCGAUUAAGGAAAAAAUCCGUUUCUCUUCGAUUUGAUCUUCAUUUAGCAGCCACUGAAGAAGGGUGUUUACAGACUAAACAGGAUAAUCUACCAGAUAUAGAAGUCAGGCUAAUCAUGAGGAGAUCUUGCAGUAUUCCCUCUAUCAAAUCUCCAUCAGCAGCUAAUUAAUCCAAAGAGAGUGUUGACUUGAUUUGAAAAUGACAUUAGGCGGACCAAGGUGGGCCAUGCUGACCCCCUUCUGUCCCAAAUGUAAGUUAAGUGUGUAUGGUAAGUUAGGCAUGUGUGUCAUGAUUGGUGUGUGAUUUUCUUCAUGGAAAAAAAUGGCAGGGGACAACAUUUCUCUGAGUCUAACUGUGGAUGUAUUUUUUGGAAAGAGGAAGCUUAAAAAUAAAUCAGAAAUUCAGUACAGUUUCUAUUUUAUUUAUUCUCCAAAUAGUCUUUUUUGUUCCCUUGAAAUUUUAUCAGAGACUGUAAGCAUUAGUGGCUUAGUUAAGUCUUUGAAAUUUUAAUCAAUGGCUGAAUACUCUAAGCAAAAGGGAAUAAUUUAUCUAAAUAUUAUUGUAUUACAUUAGGAAUCACACUGAGAUAUUCAUCACUAUUGUAUGACUGGUUAUAUCUAAAAAGAUUUUUCUGCCCUGGCUGGUGUGGCUCAGUGUAUUGACUGCCAACCUGCAAACCAAAGGGGUUGCCAGUUCGAUUCCCAGUCAGGGCACAUGGCUGGGCUGUGGGACAGGUUCCCAGAAGGAGGUGCGUAAGAGGCACCAACACAUUGAUGUUUCUCUCCCUCUCUUUC